AUGACGGAUUCACUCUCCGAAAAGCUCGACGUGAUGAGCAUUGAAUUGGAGAACGGAAGUCGGCGAACAUCUUUCGCGUUGAGCGAAAAUGAGUUAGACGAAGGAGAAUCUUCGCCUUUCAACGUGUCACCCGAAACGGUGAAGAUACUGUCUGCUGAUAUUGCGGAUGUCUAUUAUGAUGGCAAAGAACUGAAGCACAUCGAAGAUGACAAGGAAGACAUCAGAAAGCUCUUCGAGAAGUAUAUAAAAGAUAAAGAGUUUAAAAGAAAGGUAACAAACGCCCAACUUUUUCAAUAUUUAACUGGUUGUUUCAGAUGGACACUUACGGACUCGACGUCAUCGGAAUCUUCGCUUUCGGCAGCUCGGCCACUCCUCUCGCCUCUUGUUCUGGCGAUCUGGAUCUGUGCAUUUGGCUGAGACCGAAAGAAGGAAAGAAGGGAUGGAAAUUGUGAGCUGCACGCUUAAAACUUCAAUUAUGCUCUAGUAUUCAGCGAUCCAAAUCAUCCGCUUCGUGUUCUUCUUAAAAACCUUCGGAGCACUCGUUUCGGAGUGUCUAGUAAAAAUUGGAAGGCGCCUAUUCAAAUUCCGUCUGCCAAGGUUAGUGAACAACGAACAAAAAGUUCAAAGAAAACAAGCGGCAGGUGCCGAUAGUGAAGGCUAUAAUCUACGGUUACGACGUCGACGUGAGCGUGCACAUCGGAGAGGAACAGCAUCCGAACACGUGUGCGGCGAGGACCAUUCAAGCCUACGGAUUGUAAUUUCCCAAUUGACAGCAACAUUCAUUACACGCCGAUUCAGAUACAAUCCAAAGUUCGUUCCGUUGUGCUUCUACGUCAAAGAAUGGUUCAAUCACAUUGUGAGACAAAACUCUGCCGAAGCGAUCAUUCCCAAUUCGUGAGGUCAAUUGUCCUGACCGGAAUUGUCACUUCUCAUUUAGAUACACAGUAACUCUCAUGCUGGCUCAGUUCAUGCAGCAGAAGAAGCUUCUUCCGAACCUUUUCGCCAUCUACGAGGAUCGUUUCUUCUAUCCUUCUACCGAUACGACGUUCCCGGAUCUUCGUGGCGAUUGCUCGAUCACCGACGGUAAUGGGGAAGUCAACUCACCGCUUCAAAUCUUUUUCAGCAGAUCUUGAACGGUUCCAAAGGGAUUCGCAACACCUUUUGAAAGAAGAGGUCGGACUCACUUUCUACCGAUUUCUGCACUAUCUGACGACUGAAGUUGACCUCAAAAACGAGGUUAUGCUCGUAGAGUCAGCUGAGUACGUACCGUACUCGUCGAUGGAGUGAGUGAAUGAAUGCACGUCGAAUAUCAACUUUGUUCUUUUUUGCAGGGACGUCGUCAGAAAGCAUGAGCUGCUAAUCUACGACGUCUUCGAUAAAUUCAACCCGGGACGGCGAAUCAAGUUUCUCGACGGCUUCAUUGACUUUCUCAAGUGAAAUUGGAACAAGAAUUGUACACUCAAACUGUUAUCUUAUUCCAGAACCGCCAAGGGAAUGAUUGAAAACUCGGGAAAUCCGGCGAGACUUAGCGACCGUUUGUACUGCAUCAAGAUCGAUUACAAAAAGAUCGAACGGCACUGUCGUCUCCACAAUAUCACGGCGAACGUGUCGAAUGACCAGGAACAGGAGGAGGAAAUGGCAAGAAAGGAUGUCGUCGAAACAGAGAAGAAGAAGAAGAACCGACCGAGUACCGCAGAGAGAAAGAAGAAGGCGAACCCAGUGGGCCCCGUGGAUGACGGAACUUCGUCACCGGAAGGAUCUGAUCAACAACAGCAACAGAAAGGUCAACGCGGCGGAUUCAAGGGUGGACUUCAGAGAAAGAAAAAUGGCGCGUCGUCGAGUACAAGCCCUGAAAACGAAUAG